AAUUGAGUUUAGAAACAUAGAAUAUACACAUCCUUCACGAUUGAAUUUAUCUUUUAAACCCAUAGAAUGCUGUUUUAAUGUAUGAAAUGAUAAAAAAAAUAAUAUUUACUAAAUAUAUUUUUCACCGCUUACCCCAGCCCUCCCCGGAGAGUAAAGAAGUGAUCCCUCAGGCCUGGUCACCUUGAUGCCAACUCACAGGAAAACAGACGAGAUACGAAGGAGGAAGCAUUUCCUUGCCUUUUUGAGAGAGAAAUAGUAUCACAAUGGCCUUCAUAUCGGAUAUUAUUAUUGCUGGGACAUUACUAAUCAACGCCUGUGCAGUUCUUAAUUUCAAACUGAAAAAGAAAUCCCCUACAGAAUCCUUUGGUGAAGAGGAGGGGGAACCAUCUCUUGCUGAAAAGUUCAGAGAGUUUUUACUAAAUCUGAGAUACUUCAGAAUAUUUAUUGGAAUCUGGAAUGUGGCUAUGAUGAUUUGUAUGAUAAUAUUGUUUGGAUCAUAGCAAAGACAGAAGAAGGCCAGAAGAAUAUUUUAUUAAUAAAAAUGGUACUACAAUGGGUACCAUUUUUUACUACUAUUUGCCACAAGAGCAUGAAGCGUCUUCACUUCCUCAGGGUUUAAAUUGGAUUAUAUCCCGGUGAUGAAUUUUCAUUUUUUAGAAUUUAUCCUAAAACAC